AUGGAGUCCCUUGCUGCUGUGGAAACGAAUACCCUAUCUCAGCAAGUACUGGAAUACGCAUUAAAUACUGAUGGGCUAGAUACCUCAGACACCACAGGCGUAAGCUAUCUGCAAUAUAGAGCAGACACCGACGCGGUGGCUUCAUGGCUUGCAACAACAGCAAGAAAAUGCGGCUUUCCAGUCGACCUGCUGACCUUAAGUCCGAAAUGCCAGACUCACCAGCAGCAGUCCUCACAACGGUUGAAGGGCAAAACACGAAAGCAAGCCCGUGCAACUGCCGAUGAUACUGGCGUAACACUCUCGACCCCUGGAGCCUUCAAGCUGCCGACGUUCACCAUUGCGGCUAAAGAAUUUGUCAGCCUAGCAGCAUAUGUUGCUGCUGCAACCAGAUAG